GGAGCCGCGGCGCCCCGUCGCGGCGCGCGGGAGCAGGUGGGGGAGCUGCGCGUUGGCGCGCGGGAGCGCCCAGGGGAGGAGGCGGCCGCUACACCUAGGGCUCGGAGGAGCGCCCCGGGCUUGGCGCGGGCGGAGCCGCCUUAAGGGCAGCGCGUGUCCCCGGCCUCGGCCCCGCCCCGCCCCGUCCAAUGAGAGCUCGCGGCCGAAGGGGCUGUCCGCACACUGGGCCCGCAGCUCCCUUCCGCGCUGCAGACCCCCUGACACCGCACUGCGUGCUCGGGCAGCGCGCCCCUUUACCCCGGGUUCGGAGCGCAGUCGUCGGCUUCCGGACACCGCAACUUGCGCCUCUCUCCGGGACCUUGCUCCCAGGCUUUGGACCCCAGGUGACCCUAGGUCCCCAGCCGCCGGUGAACCCCAUGGGCCCCCGGGGGCGUGAGGUAGGAGCGGCCUGAGUAACCUCAGAAGGUGCCCCGUCCACGCCCCUCCGGGCUGCGGGGCGGGAGUCUUCGGGGAGCUAUGCUGAGACCGGGUGGUGCGGAGGAAGCUGCGCAGCUCCCCAUUCGGCGCGCCCGCGCCCUGGUCCCGGUGCCCUCGCCCAGACCCGCGGCCCCCGACGGCUCCCGGGCAUCAGCCCGCUUAGGUCUUGCCUGCUUUCUGCUCCUGCUGCUGCUGACGCUGCCGGCCCGCGUAGACACGUCCUGGUGGUACAUUGGGGCACUGGGGGCCCGAGUGAUCUGUGACAAUAUCCCUGGUUUGGUGAGCCGGCAGCGGCAGCUGUGCCAGCGCUACCCAGACAUCAUGCGUUCAGUGGGCGAGGGUGCCCGAGAAUGGAUCCGAGAGUGUCAGCACCAAUUCCGCCACCACCGCUGGAACUGUACCACUGUGGACCGGGACCACACCGUCUUUGGCCGUGUCAUGCUCAGAAGUAGCCGAGAGGCAGCUUUUGUAUACGCCAUCUCAUCAGCAGGAGUAGUCCACGCUAUUACUCGUGCCUGUAGCCAGGGUGAAUUAAGUGUGUGCAGCUGUGACCCCUACACCCGUGGCCGACACCAUGACCAGCGUGGGGACUUUGACUGGGGUGGCUGCAGUGACAACAUCCACUAUGGUGUCCGUUUUGCGAAGGCCUUCGUAGAUGCCAAGGAGAAGAGGCUUAAGGAUGCCCGGGCCCUCAUGAACUUACAUAAUAACCGCUGUGGUCGCACGGCUGUGCGGCGAUUUCUGAAGCUGGAGUGUAAGUGCCAUGGCGUGAGUGGUUCCUGUACUCUGCGUACCUGCUGGCGUGCACUCUCAGAUUUCCGCCGCACAGGUGAUUACCUGCGGCGGCGCUAUGAUGGGGCUGUGCAGGUGAUGGCCACCCAGGACGGUGCCAACUUCACUGCAGCCCGCCAAGGCUAUCGCCGUGCCACUCGGACUGAUCUUGUCUACUUUGACAACUCCCCAGAUUACUGUGUCUUGGACAAGGCUGCAGGUUCCCUAGGCACUGCAGGCCGUGUCUGCAGCAAGACAUCAAAAGGAACAGAUGGUUGUGAAAUCAUGUGCUGUGGCCGAGGGUACGACACAACUCGAGUCACCCGUGUUACCCAGUGUGAGUGCAAAUUCCACUGGUGCUGUGCUGUGCGGUGCAAGGAAUGCAGAGACAUUGUGGACGUCCAUACUUGCAAGGCCCCCAAGAAGGCAGAGUGGCUGGACCAGACCUGAACACACUGAUACCUCACUCAUCCCUCCAAUUCGAGCCUCUCAACUCAAAAGCACAAGAUCCUUGCAUGCACGCCUUCCUCCAUCCUCCACCCUGGGCUGCUGCAGCUUCUAUUUAAGGACAUAGAGAGUAAUCCAUAGGGACCAUGGUGUCCUGGCUGGUUCCUCAGCCCUGGGAAGGAGUUGACAGGGGAUACAAGAAACUGAUCAAGCUCCCUGAUUUCCCCCUCUGGAGAUGUGAAGGGAGGGUAGAAAAGAUAGGGGGUCUUUAGAGUGAAAUGAGUUGCACUGAAGUACAUAGUUGAGGCUCCUUUUUUCUUUUCUUUGUACCAGCUUCCUGAUACUCCCUUGGUGUGCAAGAGGAAGGGUACCUAUAGAGAGCUUCUUUUUGUUUCUACCUGGCCAAAGUUAGAUAGGACAAAGAUGAAACAGCAUGUCGCUUCUUGAAGUCAGUUUGAGCAGACUACCUGGUACCCCACAAGAAAAUCUUAGGCUACCACAUUCUAUUAUUGAGAGCCUGAGAUGUUAGCCAUAGUAUACAAGGUUCUGUUCACAUGCUCAUAUGUUUAUAAACUGCUGAGUUUUGUAGAAGAAAAAAAAUCAUAACUAUACAAACACACAUUCACUCUCUCUUUUUUCUCUUUUUUUCUCUACCAUUCUCAACCUGUAUUGGACAGCACUGCCUCUUUUGCUCAUUUGCUGCCCGUUCAAACUGAGGUGGAAUGCAGUGGUUCCCAUGCCUAACAGAUCAUUAGAAUACCCUAGAAUACUCCUAGGAUAGAGAAAGUUAAGUCUGGCCAGGCCUUGGGUUUUUGUUUUUUUCUUUCCAUGCAUUAUUCUGGAGGUUAGCCAGGUUUGGGGAAAUACGGAAUAAAAUAUAGGCAACUCAUGGACGGUGGGAGAGGGGGCAAGCAGGUCUGAUCUCAAGGGCCCACAUAAGGCAUCAGUGAAUACUAGGCAGGUAGGGAUCUCUGGCUUUGGUAAUUCUUCAUGAGAGGAUCCUAGCCUUUGAAGCUGGGAGCAGGAAUUAGUGGCUAUAGUGGGAAGGAGUGCUGGGGCUUGAGGCCAAAGUGAUACACAGCUUAGAAGGCAGCCUUCCUCCAUUUACUCAACAAAUCUUUAUUUAGUGACUCUCCAAGUCCUGGUGAUUAUUAUUAACUCCACAUUUGGCUUAAAUAGAGGAGGGUUUCUUCUACGCUAUUAGCCGUUGCCUAGCUAGGUUUGCAGUAGUGGGAUCUCCAGAGAUAGCAGGCUCAGUAAGCUGGAGGGUAGGACACGAAGUCCCCCAAACCUUGAUGUCCUAUCUUUAUGUGACUUGGACAGUGGUUAUCUUUUGCCUGUUGAUAUUUUAAAGUAGUGGAGUAGUAUAGAAAUUUGCAGUUAUGACAUUUCUGGGUUAAACAUCACAGCUGUGCCACUUGCUUUUGAUAUUUUGAGCAAGGUAGCUAAAUUUUCUGAGCUUCCAUUUUCUCAUCUGCAAAAGGAGGAUACAUAGCUGUU